CCCAGCUCUAGUAACGUAACCAGUAAAAUAAAAUAUAAUAAUAAAACAAUACAUAACAAAAUAUGCGAGUGGGUCAAUUGCUCCGGUUCGGAAGCACUGCCUUCCGGGGAUCCACCGCUAAACAAGAGUACGUGCCGCAUCAUAAACCCGUUGUGGAAGAUGACAUCAAACGGUUGGAAGAUUUCCUAAUGUCCAAGCCGAAUGUUUUGGUUCUGACGGGCGCUGGGAUCUCAACUGAAUCGGGCAUUCCCGACUACCGAUCCGAGGGCGUGGGACUCUACGCCCGGUCCAAUCAUAAGCCCGUGCAGCACAUGGAAUUCGUGAAGUCAUCGGCGGUGCGCAAGAGGUACUGGGCCAGGAACUUCGUAGGUUGGCCCAAGUUCUCCGCCACCCAGCCCAAUUCUACGCACCAUGCUCUAGCCAGGUUCGAGAGGGAGGGACGGGUCCAGGCGGUGGUCACCCAGAAUGUGGAUCGGUUGCAUUCAAAGGCCGGUAGCCAGAACGUGGUGGAGGUCCAUGGCAGUGGCUAUGUAGUCAAGUGCCUGAGCUGCGAAUACCGCAUCGAUCGGCACGAGUUGCAGAGCAUACUGGCCACCCUCAAUCCGGCCUUCAAGGAUGCCCCCGACAUGAUCCGACCCGACGGCGAUGUGGAGAUCCCCCUGGAGUACAUAGAGAACUUCCGGAUACCGGAGUGCGCGCAGUGCGGCGGCGAUUUAAAGCCGGAAAUCGUCUUCUUUGGGGACUCUGUGCCAAAGCCACGACUAGACCAGAUUGCGGGCAUGGUCUACAACAGCGAUGGCCUGCUGGUCCUGGGAUCUAGUCUCUUAGUCUUCUCCGGCUACCGCGUUGUCUUGCAGAUGAAGGACCUCAAGCUACCGGUGGCCAUAGUCAAUAUAGGCGACACGCGUGCCGACCACCUGGCGGACAUCAAGAUCUCCGCUAAGUGCGGCGAUGUGAUACCCAAAUUGUUUGAUUUUCGCUCCUCGAAGAGCGCCAGCUAAUCCUGGCUGCUCUUAUUGUAUAUUGUACAUUGUAUAUCUUGCAAUAAAUUUCAGUUAUGGAAA